CACAUGUCAAGUUUUGAAUAUACCAAAUGUCAUGUUCUUAGAGCUCCGAGUCUCAUUUAUAUAUAUAUAAAGAGAGGCAUUGGCUACCGCCAUCCCACUCCCUUCCACCUCUAUGCUCUCCUUCUGCAAAACCCCAAACCCCAAAUCCCCUCUUUGCGUCAUUUCUUUGCUCUCGCCCUUCCUCCGCCGGUCCACUACCUGUAACAUGAGCUCUGGCUCUAGGAUGUUCCAGCUCAAGCUUGACCCGUUAACCGGAAACUCCGAAUGGGUCGUUGUCCACGAAAUCGAAACUCCCGACUCCCAAACUCCAAUCCCCCCUCUUUCCACGACGUCGUAUCUCGAUAUGCUCAACGACUCCCCCAGAAACAGAGCUUUCCGUGAAGCCAUUGACAAGACUGUAACUAAGCCUUGCCACGUUCUUGACAUUGGUGCUGGAACUGGAUUGUUGUCCAUGAUGGCUGCCCGGGCAAUGGGUCGUGUGGAUUCAGAGUCUUGCACUGGUUCUAAUGGGAUGGUUACGGCUUGUGAAUCAUACCUUCCUAUGGUGAAAUUGAUGCGGAGAGUUUUGAAGGAGAACGGUAUGGAGAGGAGAAUUCGCAUAAUUAAUAAAAGGUCAGAUGAAUUAGAAGUUGGCAGCGACAUAGCAUCUCAUGCAGAUGUUCUUGUUAGUGAAAUACUAGACUCAGAGCUGUUAGGUGAGGGGCUAAUUCCAACUUUGCAGCAUGCCCAUGAUAAUCUUUUGGUUGAUAGUCCAGAAACAGUGCCUUACCGAGCAACCAUUUACGGUCAGCUGGUUGAAAGCAAAGACUUGUGGAAGAUGCAUGAUCUAUAUAAUAAUGAGGGAAAUACGUCAGAUACAAUUCGUCUUGUUCCGAAAGGCAUGGAGACAAUAAUAUGUGUCAAGCACCAACAAUAUCCCAUGCAUUGUGAGGCAAUCAGUGAUGAAAUUAAACUGCUCUCAGAACCAUUCAAAGUAUUUGAGUUUGACUUCUGGAAAAGGCCUGAAAGCUCCAGGGAAACAAACUUUCUUGUUAAGGCAACGAAAGGCGGCACUGUUCAUGCUGUCAUCUCAUGGUGGUUGCUUCAGCUCGAUAGAGAAGGGACAGUCUUCUAUUCCACUGGGCCAAAUUGGUUACGUUGCCUACCUGAUGUGAAUGAGUUAAACCUAUCAUGUAAAUUGAGGCAUCUCUCUUGUCCCUUCGGGGACAUCCGAUAAAAUUUGAGGCAUCUUACCUUUGAUAUUUCUUCUGGUUUAAAAUGAGUUUCCUAUUUAGUAGAUGCCCAGUAGAUGUUUUAAAAAUAUAAGAAUCAAAAUAUA